AUGUCAUCGGCGCAGGCGCCCUUGGAGGGUUUGGCAACAUCUACCAUGACGGAGAAACAGGUUGCGAAAGGUGUGGAGAAAAGCAGUGGGAGCGGGAGUGGGAGUACUGCUAGUGCGCCUGUAGCGGCAAGCAAGUCAAAUUACAAAGGCUUUGUGGCGGGGGUGUUUUCAGGAAUUGCGAAGCUGAGUGUUGGACAUCCAUUCGAUACUGUCAAAGUUCGCUUGCAGACUAGCAAGGAUGCGCAUUUUAGGGGACCUUUGGAUUGUACGUUGCAAACGGUGCGCAAGGAAGGUGUGCGGGGAUUAUACAAGGGCGCUUCACCUCCGCUGGUCGGAUGGAUGAUGAUGGACUCUGUAAUGCUGGGAUCUUUGACACUAUACCGAAGACUCCUUCUCGAGAACGUCUUCUCGAAGCCCCAUCUUCGCCAAUGGAUUCCCUUCUCUCGCAGUACCGAUCUCACAACACUCCCCUCCUUCGGCCACGGUAUUGCAGGUAUCCUCGCUGGCACGACAGUCAGUUUCAUUGCGGCUCCAGUAGAGCACAUCAAGGCUCGAUUACAAGUGCAAUACGCAGCGGAUAAAUCAAAGCGCAUGUACAGCGGACCAAUCGACUGUCUGCGCAAACUCCUCCGCACACAUGGAAUCCGUGGUGUAUACCGCGGCCUCUUCGCCACAAUGUUCUUCCGCUCCUUUUUCUUCUUCUGGUGGGGCUCCUACGACGUCCUCACUCGAUUCAUGACCAACAACACCAACAUGUCUGCGCCCCUAAUCAAUUUCUGGGCCGGCGGUAUCUCAGCCCAGAUCUUCUGGCUCACAUCAUACCCCUCCGACGUGGUGAAGCAGCGCCUGAUGACAGACCCGAUGGGCGGCGCCCUCAACGAUGGACAAAGACAGUUCCACAGCUGGAAGGAAGCUGCACGGGCUGUGUUGAGGGAGCGUGGGUGGAGAGGGUACUGGCGGGGAUUUGUGCCGUGUUUCCUGAGGGCGUUCCCGGCGAAUGCUAUGGCUUUGGUUGCAUUCGAAGGCGUGAUGCGUACCUUGCCAUGA